AUGAAAGAGAUGUGUAUGAGUUCUUCUCGAGGGCUGGAAAGACAACAUAAAGACAAGAAGGAAGAAGUGGCAGGGCCAGAGGCUGAUCCUGAACGGGAUCAGCGGACAGUUUUUGCUUAUCAGUUUAUUACUGGGGCUUCAGUUACCAUAUGCUGCUGCCCGCAAAUCUGGCAGAUAUCUUUGAAGGCAGAUGAAAGAGAUGUGUAUGAGUUCUUCUCGAGGGCUGGAAAGGUUAAUCCUUGUUCUUCUGAUUGUCCUGAAUCCUGA